UCUAUUUCAUGGCGGAGGUCUUCGAUGAGCACAGCUGAAGCGCAGAAAAGCAAAUACGAGCGACGUCGCCAGACAGCAGGCAAAAAAGCUAGCUAGUUGUGUUCAGAGAGAAGAGGAGUGACGACGAGACUGCUUAAAAAAAAAAAAAAAUGUAUUUUCGAUGACAGACGCUGCAAUUAUCCUUUCUUCAAAGCUAGCUAACGUUUAUAUAUCAAUCCGAUCUUUGAAUUUAAACAGAGACGUUUGAUGUGAAGUCGGCCAGGGUUGUCCUGGAGCGAAAAUAAAAGGCCAAAACUGCGUUUCUGAGACGAAGGGAAUGUCUAAUUAACAUCUCUGUACGUGUCAAGCCUGUCAUUCCCUUCGUGUAGGUGCUAGUUACUGCGCUGGGAUUCUCUGUGGAAUGACCGUGUCAUGAUGCAGUCGUUGAGUCUCACCCCGCACCCAGGUGACGAGGGAGGGUGUCUCCGGCCGUCGGCCAAUCACAGAAGGUGCUUUAGGAUAGUCACUUCCUGUUUGUGUUCAUCAAUACUUCCUCUCGGAACCCUCCAGCCUCACUGACGUCCCGCCCCCUUGGCCGAAGUGCCAGGAUUCCGGUCUGGAAGAAGGUUUCGACUGCCCCUACAGGUGCUAUGCGUCUCUACUUCCUGGUUUACCGUGUGCUGAUGAUGUCACAGAAGGAAGUAUAGGACCUCUCUGCCUGUAGAACAUCAGCCUCCUUGCACUUUCUAGAACUUCCUGUUUCCUGCUGCUGCUUGCACAACAUCUCUUAGACACUCUUAAGGCUCUGACCUCUAACCUCUGAACCCCAAGCAGCCAUGAGGCACAUUCACGUAGAUCUGACGCGCGGCAGCAAGGAGGAACUGGCUCCUGUGGAGCUUCCAUCCCACGAGGGGGACCUGUCUUCUCCUGCAGCCCCCUCACAGGGCCCUGAUCCUGGGGUGAUGGUUGGGGUUUCCAGGCACUUUGGUCAGGAGCAGCUGCGUCUCCAGAAGGUCUACCAGCUCUCUAUCUUCUCCCAGCUGGGGGGGUUCUCAACCUCCGACCCCCCCAGGACAAGUGAGGCCCAGCCGGGACAGGCCCCUCGGAUAGCCAGGCAGGGGGUCAAGAGGGGCCUGGAGGAGCCCAAGCUUAGCCACAAAUGGCCCCACCUGGCUGGGGACACAUACAGAGAUGGUGACACCCUGGAAGAAGGGGUUCUGUGUGGGCCAGGACCUGGGGUAGGGGUUGGGAUGGGGGUAGGGGUAGGGGUAGGGCAGGUAUUCUCCUGCGUCAUGGUCGAUCACAGAGACUCAGAUGGGGACCUGUCACCUAGAUCCCCCCCACCUGAACCCCUCUCCCCCGGCCACACCCCCGCCCGACGCCCCGCCCAGCACAACCACGACAGGCCAGUCCCGGACCUGUGGGCUCCGCUGUCUCCCCACAGCUCCCCUGGCUCCCGCAGCCCCUUACCCAGCACAGAGCCUCCUUCUGAUCCUGGAGGGUCCGGGACGGGCUGCAGUAGUGGCUCCUCAUUGGGACAGCGUCAGCCCAACUCCUGCAGUGACGAGGGUUCCUAUUGGGCCCCCGGAGCCUUCGAAACCCCAAAUCCCCCUGGACCUCCCCUCGAACCUACAGGCUCCCUCUCCCCCCACUACCUUCUCACCACAGACCCCAAGGGUCCCGGGGAGGGCAGUGAGUGUGGGGCCGAACUAGAAUCCACCCCGCCCCGUCCCAGUACCACAGCAUCCACCAACGAGCUGGCCUCCCUGGAGAAGACUCCCAGCACCAGCGGGUUCCGUGGGGUCCCCUCGGUCCCCUGCCCUGCUAAGAAGAAACUUCUAUCCUCUAGCGACACAGCAGAGUCGUGUUCGGAGGAUGAGGGCCCCUCUACCUCUAAGAGGAGCCGGCUGGCCCUGCUGGCCCCUGGCUUAGGGCUGGCCUCCUGCAGGGGCACCGAUGCCAAGGCUGCCUCCUUCUGGAGCCACCUGCUGCCUAACGCACAGGGCCGGGACCAUGCCAAGAGUGUAUCAGAAGUCAGCAGAACCAGCAGGAGGCUGAAAAGUCGACAGCUGCGUAGUGGACGGCGCACAGACACCUUGUGUCGUUCUGCUCGGCCCUCUUCCUCAAUCAGCCGGUCACUACUGGGCAACUUUGAGGAGUCGAUCUUGAAGGAUCGUUUCUCUCCGUCGGGUCGUAUCGAGGGCUUCACAGCAGAGAUCGGUGCCAGCGGAUCCUACUGCCCUCAACACGCCACUCUGCCUGUACACGUCACCUACUACGACAUCUCAGAGCACAGCGCACCCUCACCCUUCCUGGGAGUGAUCUCCUUGGAGCCUCUUGGAAAGAAGGGAUACAGCGUACCCAAAGCAGGGACCAUCCAAGUGACCUUAUUCAACCCCAAUAAAACUGUGGUGAAGAUGUUCCUCGUGACCUAUAACUUUGGGGACAUGCCCGUCAAUCACAUGACCUUCCUGCGUCACCGCAUCUUCCUGGUUCCCGUGGAGGAGGCGGGGCCAGGUGGGAAGGGGGAGGGGCCUACAGAGCCCAGGGCAACACCCACAGAGAGGAAGAAGAUUCUCUGCUACUUGAUACACCUCAGAUUCCAGAGCUCCAAAUCUGGGAACAUUUACCUGCACAACGAUAUCCGGCUGCUUUUCUCCCGCAAGUCCAUCGAGGUGGACACGGGGAUCCCUUACGAGCUCAAAUCUUUCACCGAGGUGCCAAGAAACCCCAAAUACUCCCCCCGUGUGUGACCCUACGGCUCCUAAUCCCUGACCCCUAACGCAGCCCGGAAUAGGGCAUAGACAGACUGUUCAGUACAUCGACGAGAAAACUUGAAUAGACUUUACCUACAUACAUACAUACAUACAUACAUACAUACAUACAUACAUACAUACAUACAUUUUUAUAUAUAGUGUAUAUAUGUAUGUGGACACCCCUUCAAAUUAGUGGAUUCGGCUAUUUCAGCAAUACCUGUUGCUGAUAGGUGUAUAAAAUCGAGCACACAGCCAUGCAUUCUCCAUAGACAGGCCAUUCUACUGCCAAUGUUUUACUGAAGAGCUCAGAGACUUUCAACGUGGCACCGUCAUAGGAUGCCACCUUUCCAACAAGUGAGUUUGUCAAAUGUAUGCCCAGGUAGAGCUAGCCCCGGUCAACAACGGCUCAGCCGCCAAGUGGUAGGCCUCACUCGCUCACAGAACGGGACCGCCGAGUGCUUAAGCGGGUAGCGUGUAAAACUCCUCUGUCCUCGGUUGCAACAGUCCGUUCCAAACUGCCUCUGGAAGCAACGUCAGCACAAUAACUGUUCGUCAGGAGUUUCACGAAAUGGGUUUCCAUGGCCAAGCAGCCGCACACACAAGCAUAAGAUCACCACGCGCAAUGCCAAGCGUCGGCUCGAGUGGUAUACAGCUCGCCUAUAUUGUACUAUGGAGUAGUGGAAACGCGCUCUCUGGAGUGAUGAAUCACGCUUCACAAUCUGGCAGUCUGACGGACAAAUCUGGGUAUGGCGGAUGCCAGGACAAAGCUAUCUUUCCCAAUGCAUAGGGCCAACUGUAAAGUUUGGUGGAGGAGGAAUAAUGGUCUGGGGCUGUUUUUCAGUGAAGGUAAAUCUUCACUCUACAGCAUUCAAUGACAUUCUAGAUGAUUCUGUGCUUCCAACUUUGUGGCAACCGUUUCAGGAAGGCCCUUUCCUGCUUCAGCAUGACAAUGCCCCCGUGCACUAAGUGAGGUCCCUACAGAAAUGGUUUGUCGAGAUCGGUGUGGAAGAACUUGACUGACCUGGACAGAGCCCUGACCUCAACCCCAUCAAACACCUUUGUGAUGAAUUGGAACGCCGACUGCGAGUCAGACCUAAUCGCCCAACAUCAGCGCCCGACCUCACUAAUGCUCUUGUGGCUGAACAGAAGCAAGUCCUUGCAGCAAUGUUCCAACAUCUAGUGGAAAGCCUUCCCAGAAGAGUGGAGGCUGUUAUAGCAGCAAUGUUCCAACAUCUAGUGGAAAGCCUUCCCAGAAGAGUAGAGGCUGUUAUAGCAGCAAAGGGGGGGACAAUUCCAUAUUAAUGCCCAUGAUUUUGGAAAGAGAUGUUUGAUGAGCAGGUGUCCACAUACUUAUGCAUACAUACAAACAUGCACAGACAACAAGCAUUGAUCGAUACUUGCACCCAAGCUAAUCUCGUGUGUGUGUACACAUGA